AUGUCGAGCCCCAUUGUCGUCUUCCAGCACUAUACCUAUAUCGCCAACAAUCUCAGCUCUGUGCUUUACGGCGUCUACCUCUCUCUCUACUAUCUCACUAUCCGCUUCGCAAUCGACGACUACCGACGAACUGGCGCUCAGUAUGGGCACUCUCAUCGGCUUUUUGUUGGUAUCAGCACCACGUUACUCAUCAUGAUCACACUCUGGAUUGUCGAAAUGUGGGUAGUGAACAAAAACUAUCCUGGUGGUGCGGGGCAGUACUACCUCGACUACGCAUCUGCAUGGUACUUCGUGACUCCCUCCGCCGUGUCAAUGGUAUUAGCCAACGCAAUAGCUGAUGCGUUCUUGCUGUAUCGGCUCACCGUGAUCUGGAGCGCCCACAAAGUCGUCGUCGCCGUCGUUCCAUCCCUCCUAUACACUGGCAGGCUAGGAGUCGUGACCUGUGUUCUCUCAGCAAUCCCUCGUUCAGACUUCUUCGCGGGACCCGCGACCAACGUCGGGCUCGCGUACGUGGGCAUGAGCCUGGGCGUGAACGUCUACUGCACCGUGCUCAUCUGCGCGCGCAUGUGGUGGUUCUCGCGCGUGGUACGACCCGCGCUCGGUCGCCGAACAUCGCACAAGUACCUGGGCGCGGCGUCGAUCAUCAUCGAGAGCAUGCUCCCGUACACGGUGUUCACGAUCGCGUACCUCGUCGCGCUCGGUCUCGAGAGUCCGCUCGUGGUGGUCUUUUUGGCUCCGCACGCGUUGUUCUCUGUUUUGUCGCCCCAGAUGGUCAUGCUCCGCGUUCUCAUGGGCCGUGCGCUCACGGAUGCGAUCGACCUGCCCUCCGUAUCCGAGGAAGCGCCGGACAUGGAGUCGGGGCCGGCAGUAGUUCAUCUUUUCAUCGUGUCACAAUUCUCGUGCACCAAGUCGUCAAACAUGAAUGUCUAG